UAAUGCCACAGAGCGGGAAGUUCUCAAGUAGACGGUACUUUAAGGUCCUCUUGUGUUAUGAUGGUUUCUCAGAAUUAAGUAAAAAUGCUGAAGUGACUAAAUGAAAAACCUGAGUCCAACUUCUGUAUUCUGCUGUACCUAUAAAUUUUAUUUACAAAACACAAAUCAGCCGUAUAUUAAAUGUCCAGUUCCUCCAUGUAAUAUCAUAAGUUAUACAGCUUUCCUCCAGAAAUGAACCAAACUCCCCAAGAACGUCUGGAUGCUCUUCUUAAGUCUGCCGAAGAUUUCACUAUCAUUCAAAAUAUAGACAUUUCCCACUAUGCACGGUUUAUCCGGUCGAUGUUUCGCUUAUCUGUCCAGUUCUCAGAAGCAGGCCAAAAAGAAAGAGCGUACAUAUUGUCCAUAAGAGCUGUUUUGUGUAUCCGAGAGUUACCUAAUCAUAAUGGUUACCAGAGACUGGAUCCACGUGUUCAAAACGAACUCAAAAGUCUUGGUAAAUUACUUCCAAAAUCUGCUGAGUUCUUGAAGGAUGAUUUGAAAAAGAAGUACACAGAGGAAUAUGAGCUGUAUAAAAAGUCACUUAGUAUAACUGAAUGGAAAGUGAAUACUAAUGGGCCAGUGGUACCUUUUCUUGAUCAUAGUUCAAAGCCGUAUGAUGACUAUCCAGUUGAUCCCAACUCUUAUAGACUCUCUUUGUCUAACUUAUCUUCAGUCAACGGAACGUUAUAUCCUGCUUUUAAUAAAGCCUUCAACUAUACUCUCGAUGAGCUCCCAAAAUCUUUGUACAGUAACUACGCGGGAAAUUAUGGUUUGACGAAAACAUAUUUAUCCAGACAUCUGAUAAGUGACUUUUUGAACCUAGCUAGUAAAAAUACUAAAGGAAAUCGAGAAACUUGUGGGACCCUGUGUGGGAAAUUAAUUAGUGGCAAUUUCUAUAUUACAAACCUUCUAAUUCCGAAGCAAAGCGGUACUCCAGACUCUUGUGUUACAUAUAAAGAAGAGGAAAUAUUUGAGUACUUAGACAGGAGGCAGCUGAUCACAUUGGGUUGGAUUCAUACACAUCCUACUCAAACUGCAUUCUUAUCGGCUGUUGAUCUACACUGUCAGCUUUCUUAUCAGACUAUGCUUCCGGAAGCGAUUGCAAUUGUAUGCGCUCCUAAAUUCGAUGAUAUUAAAUGUUUUUCAUUAACUCCUGAUCACGGCAUUUCAUUCCUGUCAAAAUGUAAAAAGACGGGUUUCCAUCCACAUGCCACAGAUCUUCCAUUAUAUGAACAAAGUCAACAUGUAAUAUUUGACGAUACUGUUGAACAUUCUUCUGAUGAUCUCCGAUAAUCUGAAAGUCCACAAUGUUUGUACACAAACAUGUUUUCAAGUAUACUUACGUACUUUCAGCAGAAGGGAAAAUAUAUUGAUUUACUUAAUCAACGUUUGAUAGUCAAAUUUCACGAUAACUGCUAAUCUAUAUGAUGAUAUAAUCAAUGAAAUAACGUUAUGGUAUACAAAAUUACAAAUUUUGCAAUGGGAAACAUAUGAUACACAUAACGUUCAAGUUUCGUAACGAAUUCAUAUGACUGAAACAAUGAAUUUCUCAUUUGUAUAUACAUAGAUAGAUCUCUUGUGGAAACAAACUCGUGAUAAUCAAUAAAACUUAAAGUACAUAUAAACAACAAAUGGUUAUAUUCUUUAAGAGAACAAAAAUACUUUGCAUUUGGAGAAACUACUACUACUAUGCUCCAGGUGCAUACACAUGUACGUUACCUGCCUAUUUUUGCAUGAAGAAUAUAUAUAUAUAUAAUUCAUUUAUUUUCUCUCUAAUAUACGUCCACUAGUUAGCAUUUACACAUGACUUUGAAUCCGUGAUUCCAAACAUAAAAAACUAAAAUAAUGAGAUCAUCAAUGAAGAUAAAUCAAUAUUUCGCUUAUGGAAUAAUAAUUAGAUGGAACAAUGUAAACUAUUCCAAUGAUAUUCACUUUUUAAUUAAAUGGUUUCUAAUAUAUUCUCAGAUAUAGACAGUUACCUUCAAACAAACAAAAAAACUUAUUGUUUAUUACUAAAUUAAAUUCACAUUUAAUAUGGAAUACAAAUACAAAUAAACUGGUUUAACUAUUUAUUGAUUUGAUUGGAUAUUGAUAAAAAAUAUUAUUUUAUAAAAACAUAACUAUAAUACAGCACAUAAAUAAAUAUCGACAAGUGUAUAUGAAAAGUUUAAUAUAAACGUUUAGUCGCAAUUAAUGCUGCUCUAUAUGUUGACAAACAAAAAUACAUAAAUAUGGACAAAGACACUAUAGACAGUAAAUAAAAUUAAAACAUGAAAUUUAAUAAAACUUAUUUAUUGACUGUGCUACAUAACAAUAAAGUUGUGAAUAAAUAAAUUUCUAUAAUGUGGUAAAUGCACAUAGUCAUGGUAUUGUCAUAUUUAAAAUAAGAAACUACCCACAUCAUUUUAAGAAUCUAAAUUAAUUUUGUUAGGAUAUGCAGAAAAAUAUACCAAUAAUUAUCAUGUUAAGUCUAAUGGUAUCCUUGGACUUUAAAUGGACAUUCCCUAUUAGUCAAUAUUUAUUUCACUUGUUAAAUAUUGUACAAAUGUUGUUCUCUAUUUUAUGGUACGAUGUGGUCUGUCUGAUUGGUAUAUAAACAGAGUAUGUUUGAAAUACAAUGAUUCAUAUCUCAGAGGCUGA